CUCGGCGGCGGCGGCGGCAACGCGGCCUACAACCACAUCCCGCAGGCGCUCCUGCACAGCAUGCGGGAGAGCUUCGAGGUGCUGGACGGGCACAACCACGGGGCGAUCGACGCGGGCGCGGUGGGGGAGAUGCUGACGCAGCUGGGGCUGGAGCCCAGCGCGGCGACGCUGGCGACGUUCUUCCCCGGCCAGGGCCCCCCGACGCUGAACCUCGCGCGCUACCUGGACACCCUCGCGGGCCCGCUGGCCGAGCUGUCCGCGCCGGAGGAGCUGCGCGCCGCGUUCGAGGCCUUCGACCUCGACGACAGCGGGCAGAUCGACGUCGGCGCCCUGAGGGAGGCCCUGGCCCACUCUGCGGGAGGCGGCGGCGGCGGCGCCAGGCUGAGGCAGGCCGAGAUCGACGGCAUCCUGGGCGAGUUCUCGAGCCGCCGGGCGUUCGGGGCCAAGGGCUUGCACGCGGCGAAGAACAAGGGCGACGUCUUCCGCUACAGGGAUUUCAUGGCCAACGUGAGCGGC